GUGUACAGUAUUGUAGUCUGCAAUGGCGACUCUUGCUUUCUUCACUUCAUCUCUCCACCCCAAAACCCUAACACCAAAACCCACCUCCCAAACCCUAAUCCACCUUCCCAAAUCCCCCAAUUUCAAAUCUUUAACCUCUAUCAUCAAACCCAAACCCUUAAUCUCUCCACCCAUCAGAUCCACCACCACAACCACCACCAUCUCCGACACCACCACCACCACCCCACAAACCCUCAAAACCCGCCUCAAAAACGGCGAAACAUUAUACGGCCUGUUCCUCCUCUCCUUCUCUCCAACUCUCGCCGAGAUCGCCGCUCUCUCCGGCUACGAUUUCGUCGUCGUCGACAUGGAACACGGCCCCGGCGGCAUUGUCGAAGCCCUCGCGUGUCUCCACGCGCUCGCCGCCGCCCGUACUCCAGCGAUCAUCCGGUUACCCGAAUCCGACCCAGCCUGGGCCAAAAAAGCCCUCGACCUUGGACCUCAAGGUAUCAUGUUCCCCAUGAUUGAAAACCAAAAAAUGGCAAAAAAAGCGGUUUCGUAUUGUAAAUUCCCGCCAAACGGAGUACGAGGUUCUGCUCAUACGGUUGUUAGAGCAUCGGACUACGGGAUUGACAAUGGGUAUUUAAGUAAUUACGAAGAUGAGUUGUUGAUAAUGUGUCAGGUGGAAUCUGAAGAGGGGGUUAAGAAGAUCGAGGAGAUUGCAAUGGUGGAUGGGGUUGAUUGUGUGCAAAUGGGACCCUUGGAUUUGAGUGCUAGUAUGGGGUAUUUGUGGGACCCGGGGCAUAAGAAGGUGAAGGAGGUGUUGAGGACGGCGGAGAAAGGCGUGCUGAAGACGAUGGAGAAAGGCCGUGGUGGUGGUGGUGGGGCGUUUUUAUCGGGGUUUGCAAUGCCGCAUGAUAGGCCGGAGGAAAUGAGGUUAAGGGGGUAUCAUAUGAUAUCGGGGGCGGUGGAUAUCGGGCUGUUUAGGAGCGCGUGUGUCGAGGAUGUGAAGAGGUUUAAAUCGUUGUUGGCGAGUGAUGAAGAUGACGACGAAGUUGAUAAUGGUAAAGAUGGUGAUGAGAAGUAUUGGAGUGAAUGAUGAUGUGUUAGAUUUAGAUUUGGAUUUGAAUUUGGAUUUACAGUUCUCUUUUGGUUUCAUGAAUCAGUGUUGUUGUUUUGUGUUCUGAAUUAUCGAAAUCGACUGUCGGGAACGCCGAACAUCCAUCGUCAUGCGUCGUAUCUGGUAUUGAAUCAAGCUCAUUAUGAA